AUGGCCAUAGAGCCACUGCGUGUUGGAUUAAAGAAGUUGAAAGUAGAAAAGAAUGUUGAAAAGGAAUUCAAAAGUAGAGGCAGUGCAGGGUGGUGGCAACUCAAAAGCAAAAGGAAGCGGCCCAACCAGGCCGAAAGAGCUUCACAUGGGUCCAGCCCAAGAUACAAUAUCUUUCCUUUCCCAUUCUACCCCCACUGGUCUUCCCACUACAGUUGUAGCGAAAGCAAUGCCAGCGAAAGAGGCGAGGGAGCGAUGGAGGGAUAUAUUCAUAAAUCACAAGGGAGGCGUCGGCAAUUUUUAUUGGAUUAUAGUGGGGAAGCCAUUUGUCUGUAUAUGGAAAUGGUAGGGAAUGAAUCAGAGGCCAAAGGGUGUUGGUUGGGACGUAGUGGGGGUGCGCAGGAUAAGAGAGAGCAUAAGCUGCAUUGA